AUAACAAAAGAAACAUUUCUUCAAUGAUGAAGAUCUCUUCGCACAUUCAUUUCAUCGCACACUCAUUGCUAUUCUUUAAUCCCGUUCUGUGUACAACCCCAAAGAUUAAAACUCUAUAGAAUCACCUGUUCGCUUUCCCUACAAUUACGUUUAUCCCUUCUUUGAUGAGUAAUAAUCGAUACCGCGCGGCAAAAAAGGGUUGCAUGCACACACAUUAUCGCCAGCGCAAGCUCACUGACCUUGCAAUCAAUACGGCUACACUGUCUUUGAGACAGUCGCUUUCGAACCGUACGCGAAGAUGCACCUCUUUACGCAAGAUCAGAUGGGUCAUAAGCCGGGAAAUCGGAAUUACGAACAAGACAUCGUUUUCAUAACCAAGCAUAAUAAAUGGCUUUUGAAAUCUAUUGGUAUUUGGCCAUCCGUGCUUAAAGGUGCUGCAAGAUUUUUACCGAAAAUUAUUAUCGGAAUAUUUACCUUGGCGCUCUGCUUUGCUAUAAUACCCUGUAUCCUAUACAUUGUAUUUGAAGAAAGAGAUAGUGUAAUGAAAUUGAAGCUCACGGGUUUACUAAGUUUCACUGUGUCCUGUUUAUUCAAGUACUGGUUCCUUUCCGUACAGAAACCGAAGAUCGAGGAUUGCAUCGAACAGGUGCAAAUUGAUUGGAAACAGGUUGAAUUUCCUAAUGAUCGGGAGUUGAUGUUAAAGUAUGGUCAAGUGGGUCGGAAUCUGACGAUUUUCUGUUCUGUGUUCAUGUGCAGCGGCGAAAUAUUUUACUCCUUGAUCUUGCCAUACGCAAUCGGCACGUUCAUCGACGAGCAUAAUCGAACCAUCAAGCCAGUGAUUUAUCCUACUUACUCUGUUCUAUUCGACGUGCAGACAAGUCCUAUUUACGAAAUAGUCUAUACCGUUCAUGUUAUAUGCGGGUACGUGUCGAGUAGUAUAACAGCCGGUACCUACGGAUUAGCUGCGCUUUUUGUGACGCACGCCUGCGGACAAAUUGAUAUCGUUGUGUCUCAUUUGAGCGAUCUCAUACAUAAUGAACACAUUAAAAAAACAUCGAUUCUGAAUCGACGCUUUAAACAAAUCAUUGAGCACCACUUACGAAUUUUAAGGUUUUCGGCAGCAGUAAACUUCAUGUUGCGAGAAAUAUGCUUAGUGGAACUCGUUUGUUCCACUUGUAAUAUAUGUUUACUUGAAUACUAUUGCCUUACGGAUUGGAAAGAAAGUAAUACGAUUGGCCUUACAACUUAUACGAUGCUGUUAAUAUCCUUGACAUUUAAUAUAUUUAUACUAUGCUACAUUGGCGAUCUCUUGAUAGAAAAGACCAGCAGCAUGGGUCAGACUUGCUUUAUGCUCGACUGGUACAAUUUACCUGGUAAAACGAUACAAGGACUCGUUUUAAUCAUAGCUAUGUCGGGUAGUCCAGCUAAAAUUACCGCCGGUAGUAUCGCUGAUUUAUCGUUAUCUACUUUUGUAAAUGUUCUUAAAACGUCGGUGGCCUAUUUAAAUUUUCUUCGGGCUACAGUUACGUAAUUGAUUCUCUGACUACUCAUUAUUUUUAUAGUGCUUGUAGAAAGAAAAUAUAAGAAGACAUUUUCGACAUACUGUCGGCUACUAAUUAUGCGAUGUGUACAUGUACAAAUGUUUGAUCAUAAGAGCUCGAAGCCACCGUAAAGAAAAAGCUGCAGAGGUACUGACGUACUACGUCUACUACGACGUAGAGGACUACGUACACGUGGGAGAAUUCAACUACACGAUCGACUGACACGAAUUACUCGAGAACCUGUACAGCAAGUAUUAAUACCUAGCUGACUUCGUUCUAUGUAUUUCCGCAAGUGUAAUUUUCUACAAAUGUUUCAAUUGAACUUGAGAAGUUUCACAUAUUCACAGGUCCAAGGCAAUUCGGGCGUUUAUGCGUCCUUCAUGCGGUUCUGGUAAGGUGUAACGAUGUUUCUAAAUAUAUUCAUAACUUGUGGGACAAUAGUAAAUAAAUAAAUGCAAUUCUAAAAAUAC